UUCGGCGGGAAUCGCACUGGCGCUCGUUCUCUUCUCUCGCUCGUCCUCUUUCGCGACGAUCGAUAGACAUCAAAAACCUAAGCGGAGGAAUCGGAAGAGGAGCGAUGGGAAAAGGAGAGCAAGAGGAGCUGCGGGAGGCGAAACGGGGGUACAAGGAGGCGGCGAGAGUGGGAAAUCGCGAGGAGGAGGCACGGUGGGCGAACGAGAUCGGGGACAUCCACAAGCGGCGAGGGGAGUACAUUGAGGCCCUCCGUUGGCUUCGCAUAGACUACGAGAUCUCCUCCAAGCACCUACCUCAGAAACAGCUCCUUCCUACCUGCCAGUCGAUCGGAGAGGUUUACCUCCGCCUCAAUCGCUUGAAAGAAGCCCUCGUCUACCAGAAGAAGCAUUUGCAACUCGCCAAGGAUUCUGACGACCUUAUUGAGCAGCAAAGAGCUAGCACACAACUUGGUCGAACUUACCAUGAGAUAUUUACAGAAACUGAAAGUGACCAUAAUGCACUGAGAAAUGCAAAGAAGUAUUUCAAAUCAGCCAUGAAACUUGCACGUACUCUCAAAGAGAAUCCUACUUGCAUGAAAUCUGGUUUCUUUCUUAAGGAGUUUAUAGAUGCUCAUAAUAACAUUGGUAUGCUUGAAAUGGAUCUUGAUAACUAUGAAGCAGCAGAAAAGAUGCUUCUUCAAGGUCUAAAGAUUUGUAAUGAGGAGGAGGUUGGUGAAUAUGAUGAUGCGCGAAGUAGGCUUCACCACAAUCUUGGAUAUCUUUAUACUGAACUGCGUGAGUGGGGUAAAGCUAGAGAGCAUAUUGAAAAGGAUAUCUUAAUUUGUAAGAAGAUUGGUCACCUUCAAGGUGAAGCAAAGGGCUUUAUCAAUCUUGCAGAGUUACAUCAUCGAGUUCAGAAGCAUGGUGAUGCAAUCCGUUGCUAUGAAACAGCAUUAGAUACUGCCAGACAUUUGGAAGAUGAGGAUGCACUUGUUAAUCAGAUCAAGCGGAAUAUUGAGACUGUAAAAAAAGCAUCUAAGGUGCUUGAGGAGUUGAAGAAAGAUGAACAGAAGCUUAAAAGGUUGAUGAGGAUCAUAUGUGAUGCACGAGGUUCAGCAAAUGAGAGAAAACAUCUCUUAGAGCAAAACAUUUUGCUUGAUGGUCUGAUUGAAAAGGCUUGUAUGAUAUUUGCAUGGCCAAAACAUCUAGAGUUUGCUAAACGGAAGAAAAACGUUGCAAGUGAACUUUGUGAUAAGGAAAAGCUAAGUGAUUCCUAUCUGGUAAUUGGAGAGUCAUACCUGAAACUUAGGAACUUUUGCAAGGCACGAAAAUGGUACAUGAAAAGUUGGAACGUGUACAGGUCAAUUGGGGACUUGGAGGGACAAGCACUGGUCAAGAUAAACAUUGGGCAGGUUUUGGACACUUCUGGUGACUGGGCCAGUGCACUGGAGGCAUUCAAGGAGGGUUACAGAAUUGCAGUUCAAGGCAAGCUGUUGUCUGUACAGAUGACUGCACUUGAUAACAUGCACUAUAGUCACAUGAUUAGAUUUGAUAAUGUUGAUGAAGCCAGGAAAUUGCAGCUUGACAUUCAGAAUUUAAAGUCAUUACUAAAAGAAGGUGUCUUAAAUGACCAGCAUAGUGAUUAUUGCUCUGAAACAGAAACAGGUGGCAAUUCGCCUGAAAGUAACUGCCACAUAUCUGCGUCACAAACUUCUAGUGAUUCUUCUACAAGCAUACCUAGUCUUCCUGGCCAUGUCGAGGAAUUUGAUGAAGAUGCUCCUCUGGCAUCACUUGUCUGUUUGAGUAAGAAUUCAAGAAAGACAAAAACCUCUCGGUCAGAUCCUCAUGUUGUUAGAGCUAAUAUCACAUCUGGCAUUGUACAAGAUUUUUCCAGAGGUUUAAGUAACUCAUGCGAUGAUCAACGGCGAGUUGGUCGUAAACGUGUUCGUGUUGUUAUUUCUGAUGAUGAAGUUGAUGAUUCUGAAAUGAUGAAUGGCUCUAAGAGGACACCACAUAGAAGUUCACUCAACGAUGCUGACAUGAUGAAUGGCUCUACAAGGAAACUACAUAGACAGUCCACUAACUACAUGACUCCUGAAAAAGGCAAGAGAAAGAAACUUGAUUCAACUUGUAAUUUGUUGAGUGGAUUGAACAUUAAUAAACAGUCUCAGGACCUUCCUCAAAGUUCAGAUUCCAGAGAUAUACUUAGUGCCUCUAUGCCUAUUCAUAUUGAAGAAAGUAUUUGUUCUUUUAAAUGCAAAAGUCCCAUUUUUGUGGCUGAUAAUGGUGUAGACGUUGGUUCUCUAAGUGAUGUUGGAGUACCUAUUGCAUCAAAAUCUGCACCUAGUGAGUCCAGGCUGAAUGGAUAUCCAGUACCUGUUAGGUUUCAACAAAGCCAAGAUGGUGCAUGCUUUGAUCCUUUGGUAAAUAAUCAUCAUAUAAUCAAAUUUAAACUUGGACAUGACACACUCUGUGUUGAUUUAAGUCCUUGCAUAGAAGAUGACAAGUUAAAUAUUGAACUUGUGAAAGUUGAAGUUGCUUGUUCAUACUUUCUUCAGCUGCUCGAGCAAAAAAGGUCCAAAGGUUUACUGCCUGUGAUUGGAUGCCUGAAGAACUCUGGAACAGUGCUAUGUUCUUCAGAACCAGUUGUAGAUUUUGAGCAUCAUGUUAGUGAAGAUGUCAUGAUUGAAGUGGUUGUCGAUGAAUGGGUUCCAAAACGCCUUAUGAAGUCAUAUAUUGAUAGUUGUGAGAAAUUAUCUGAGCCAGCCAAUAUGCACCUGCUAAAGAAAUUGUAUAACUUGGAGGUUUCUGAGGAUGAAGUAAUAAUAUCUGACUGUGGAUUGCAAGAUGUGUCAAUAUCACCUUUUCUAAAUGCACUUCAAGCACAUAAAACACUUGCAGUAUUGGACAUUUCUCAUAAUUCGUUGGGCAAUGAGACUAUUGAGAAAAUUCAACAAAUAUUCAAUUCAUCAAACCAAAAAUAUGGGGGCUUGACACUAGAUUUGCAUUGUAAUCGGUUUGGUCCAACUGCAUUAUUCCAGAUAUGUGAAUGCUCAGUUUUAUCUGCUCGUUUAGAAGUCCUCAAUCUAUCUGGCAAUCGCCUAACAGAUUCAUGCAGUUCAUAUCUCUCUGCUAUAUUAGAGAACUGCAAGGUACUUUUUAGUUUGAACAUAGAACAAUGUUCUAUAACAUCCAGAACAAUCGAGAGAGUUGCUGCUGCAAUAAGUUUUGAUUCUGUCCUUUCUCAUCUUUCAAUAGGUAAAAACAACCCAAUAUCCGGAAAUGCAAUUGUUAGUUUAUUAACCAAACUUCAGUCCCUGAAAAGAUUUUCUGAACUCAGUCUCAGUGGCAUAAGAAUAAACAAGCCUGCAAUUAACAGUCUUUGCCAACUUGCUCAAUCAUCAAGUUUAACUGUUUUGAAGCUUGGUGGAACUUAUAUUGGAUCUGAUGGAGUAAUAAAGCUAAACGAAACCGUAGGUACUGGGCUUCAAGAAUUGGUGAGGUUGGAUCUGUCAUACUGUGGACUGAAAUCUCAUGAUUUUCCAAGAGUUUGCCAAAAUCUCAUUCUACUUGGUGGUAUUCUUGAGCUGAAUAUUGCAGGGAACUCCAUUGGUCAAGAGGGUUGCAAUGCUCUGCGAUCAGCCCUCAUUGACCCUGGAUGCAGCCUCGAGUCUCUUAUUCUUGAAAAUUGUCAGCUUGGGCUGGAAGGAAUUAUCAGAAUAAUUCAGGCAUUAGCAGAUAAUGAAUCAUUGGAAGAGCUCCGUCUAGCUGAGAACACCAAUUCAUUCACGGAGACAACUUUGCUGAACUCCGAUGCAGCUGAAACUACAAAUGCUAUUUGUGAAGUAAAUAAUGAGAACGAUGGACUUGAAGUCGCAGAUAGUGAAGAUGAGACAACCAGAGAGGAGCGUCCAAUCUUGUCAGGCCCUGAUGCAAGUUGUGCGAGUUCAUGCCAAAGGAACUCAUUCAUGGAUCAACAUAUUCAAGAUAUCUGCGAAGCUAUUAUUUCUUCACGGAAUCUACAACUACUCGAUCUCAGUCGAAACAAGUUCUCAGAAGAAGCUAUAGAUACAAUGUAUGCAGCAUGGUCAUCAUCCAGAUGCGAUGUGAAGGGUAGUAAGCAUGUUGGCAAGGAUGUAGUCCACUUUUUCGUGGAUGGAUCAUAUUGUUGCGCCAAAAAACCCUGCUGCAGAAGGGAUUAGAGCUGAGAGUCAUCCUUGGAUAGAGAAGCUGUUUUGUUCUUCGAAUCCUUUUUUAUCCUUUGCAGAAUAUACAAUUAUUUAUCCACCUGUAUCUUUUCCAUUCAAGUGAAUCCACAAGUUCUGAUCCAAGGGAAUUAUCAUACUGUUGAUUUCUUCCACGGUAAUAUAAAUUGAGCUUUAAAUUUA